CCCCUUUGGUUAGUUGGUGGAAACCACAAGCUCUUACCCAACAGGUGUCAUUGGAACAUGCUGAAUUACUUUCCAUUUAAGACGGGAAACCUGUAUUUAAUUAUUUGUUUUGUAGUGACAGAAAAAAAACAACAACUUAGAUUUGAGUUUCUAUCCGGAAAACUUAAUUAGAAAUCCCUCCAUGCGGUAUUAUGUCCUGAGCUUGCCGUCCGUUCCCAGCCCCGGUGAUAAAGUGCCCCUCUGUGUGGAAUGAGCGAACAGUGGGCUGCCAUGAAGUGUGUCUCAGCAGCUCAAGUUUUCUGUGUGACCCGAGAGCUAGCAGGAAGUGCAGCUCGGGUGCCUCUCCACUUGUCUCAUCAAUGCAGCUUUCAUUCUCCCUCGGUGGGGCAAGAUGGAAGCUGUACAAAAGGACUACUGGUACUUCGUGGUACUCAUCUUCCUCCCUUUUCUUAAAGUUGCCGUCCAGCAGAAAGAGGCUGUUACAGUUCGACUGGAGGAGGGGAUGGUGCUCGACUGCUUGUGCCCCUGGGAUGGGAACCUCAGCAUGGUGUCCUGGACCAAAGUGCCAAACAAGGAUCCAGUGGCUGUUUUCCAUCCAGAGUACGGAGUGGCUUUUUCCCACCAAUACCGAGAGAGAAUCGAGUUUCUGAGGACCACACCGAUGGAUGGAAGUAUUUCCAUGAGGAAUGUCACUCAUCAGGAUAUCGGCCUUUACCACUGCUCUGUUCAGACUUUCCCUCAGGGUCCCUGGACCAGGAACAUUCAGGUGGAGGAUUUAGAUGAGCCACCAGAAGAAGAUGCCAGCACAGAGCCCCCUCCACAAGAGGUGACCGUGGCAGACACAGAGCUGGUAGCGGAGCAGAACAACAACCUGACCAUCAGAUGUAACCACCAGCACAGCGGUAUCGUUUCCCAGGUCAUUUUGGAGAAGAUGCUGCAUGGCGAGACCUGGCGCAUCAUCGGAGUGUGUAAGAAGGUGGAAGGGGGCCUGGUGGGCGAAGACUACAGCGACAGGGGUCAGGUGAACUGCGCCGACAGCCUGGAUGUCAGUCUUCACAUGACAGAUGUGGUGCAGGAAGACAGUGGUUUCUAUCGCUGCACGUUCAACACGGAUGCAGGCGUCAAGACCACCAGUGUGCAGCUCACUGUUACCGCUCCAGGUGGAUUCAGCCUGUCGUUAUACAUGAUGUAUAUUUACAUUGGGGCGGGAGCUGCUGGACUUUUUCUACUCAUUGCCAUCCUCAUAGUAGCAGUGAGGCACAGAAAGAAGAACAGGAGAGAGGAGUACAGAGUCAAACUGCACCCGUCUCAGAGACAGCCAAACUUCUAUGAGAACAUCCACGUGUGUCCCAGGAUUACAAAGAAGUCCAGACAGAUCAGACACUGCCCGGUCUAUGCCAACCUACAGACCGCACGAUCAUUCCAAACGCAACGUCGUCCCCAUGAUAAAUGAACAUAUAUAAAUUUGAUGUAUAUAGGUGCUUUUUAUGUCACUCCUCUCAGUGUGCCCUCAGCUUCCCAAACACAAAGCACAUCGGUUUUCAUCUGAGCAGAAAUAGACAUAUAAUAUUGACAGACUGCGAUCAUUUAUUUGAGUUUUUGUAAUUGGAUGCAGGGAUCACGCUGACACUGAUUAAUAUUGCUGCUGAGGUCGGAAAUUAGUUAACAAGCUGGUGCUCAUCUAGGAGUCACAAAGCUGACAGGGUUGUUUGGACCCGGCCUCGCUCCCACUAAUUAAAUGUAGUAUGUACUUCAUAAUUACUGUUGACGAAAUAUUUGAUUUGGGGAAAACAAUAUUUGACAGUAACCAGCACGCCGAGGAGCACACAAAAGCCUGUAUAAUCAUUCUUUUCACUUGUCUAACCCCUGAGUAAAACGAUUGACAAAGGCCUGUGUAAUUGCCCUCUUUUUACUUUCAUCCCUCCUGGUUUCCAUUCAAAGCCUGACAAUGGUGUCUAAUCAUCUAACGGAAAAGAAAAGCAGUCACUCAACACCGCACCGUCACUUGAGACUGUCGCUUUCCCCUUCGGGCUCUCUGUCUAGGAUGGCUGCAUUCUAGUUACAGCGCGCUCCUAGUAUGAAAGCUAAACUCUAAUUAGCUAAUCCUGUGCUUUCGUUCAUAGCUCCUUUUACUUUGUCUGUCUGUUGUUUAUUGAUGAGUGUUUGGGUUCGGGUUUUUUUUUUUACUCUGUAAAAUGUGAAAGUCAUUUUUAUGAUAAGCUGUCAAAAGUUUUCCAAGUUGUUUUUACAUUUUUUUAAGCUUUCCUUUGUAAAAUCAAUAUUUAAGGUUUAUUGUACUCUGGUACUAUUAAGCUGUGUGCUCUUUGUGUAAUCUGAUUCAUUUAUCU